AUGGCGGGCGCCGCUCUGCGCUCCGAGAGCUCGCUCUGUCGACUGCGGACGGGGGCCCUGGCGGGACAGCUGGGCCCCUCGGGGAGCCGGGCCGGGAAACGAGCGGGUCCUUCGUGGGAGGCGGAGGAAAGGACCGACGCCUGGGUCCCCCUGCACCCCCGCUGCUGCCUCGGUUGCCGGCCCGCCCGAGGGAGGCCGGAGACCCCUGGCGCCGGGGAUCGGGACUGUGGUGUCCGAGUUCCCGCUGAGCCGACGCGGCGGGCGCGGCCCACGUUGGCCCCGGGAGGGGUUCCCGGCCCCCGCGCGCGCCCCGGGCUCAACCCCUGGCGUGGAAGGGCUUUGGGACACGAAGGGGGAGUGUUUCCUGGUGACUCUGACCCCGGGGACAUCGCCGCGGCUUACGUCCUCGGGUCUUGCCCUCCGGGAGCCUUGCCGUCCCGAAAUACAGGUACCACCCCGUUCUGCCGACUCCGGCCGUUUGCAACGGGGCUCAGGGCCUGCAUCUCUAUACACUGGGAGCAUCUCUAUACACGGGAGCAUCUCUAUGCACGGGGAGCAUCUCUGUGCACGGGGAGCAUCUCUAUGCACGGGGAGCAUCUCUAUACACCGGGAGCAUCUCUAUGCACCGGGAGCAUCUCUAUACACCGGGAGCAUCUCUAUGCACAGGGCGCUGGCAGGGAAGCAGGUGAGGCCAGAGCUCCACCCAUGCGGCCCUGUCAGACCAGCUGCCUCCUUGGAGUACUCAGCACCCUGAUUUAGACCGUUGCCAUCACACAGUGUAAUUAUUGACUCCAAGUACAUGCUCCCUUCAUCUGUCUGCUGGUGUAGGGAGCCUGGGGAGUGGAGGGCCUCAGCUCUGCUUGCUCGGUUCCUGCAGAAUCAAGCCACUAAGUAACAGCUUUGUGGUUUGUGAAAUAGCCACCUUUUCAGUGAAUUGUAUGUUAGGUGAAUAAUAUCUCAAUAAAACUCUUUAAAAAAACCCUUCUGGAGGGAUUUGAGGCUGUGGCACCCUGAGGGUUACUAUAGCAACAAUAAAACCCAAACCCAGUUCAACAACUGACUAGAUUAACAAACUCUUAUACUGACAAGAGAAGAGGCUUGCCCUCUCAAUGGGCAGAGGGGUGCUGCAGCUGAGGCAAGACAGUAAGGGAAAUCUUACGUCCCUCAGUCUCUACUGUGCUUCUCUACAAAAAGUCAAGGAAAACCCCCAGUCAUUUUAAAGAGAUAAAGCAAGCAGUAGAAGCAGACCCAGGCAUGUUCCAGUAUAUAAAAAGUCAAAUAAAAGACCGAGCUCAUUUAAAAGAGUUAAAACAAUCAGCAGAACCAGAUUCAGGCAUAGCCCAGAUGUUGGAAUCCUAUAUCAUAAAAGCAUA